AGGAAAACUGGGGAUCAGUCAUCAAGCCAACCAAAAGAGCAAAGUCCAUGACUCUUGGAGAGAGGAGCCAGAGCAGACAACCGAACUGUCUUCUGGAGGGAACAGAGGCUUGUGGGACGGGAAGGGAAAAUGGCACGUCUGCGUCUGUAUUUCGGCUCCAACCGCAGUAACACUGCUCCGGAGAUACUGGAAGGAGACACAGAGGAGCAGCAGGGAGACAAUGAAGUGGCCACAGCACUUCACCCUCAACCACCUUUUGCAUUAAGUCCUUCUCAGGAUGCUGCUGUGCAACCAAUUUCUCCAAGGCCUUUUGGUUUACGCUCGGAGACAUCGCUUAAACGCAGCUCUUCUAUGUUCAUACCUCAGCUUGCAGCGUAUGCCGAGCCGCGUCCCACGAAAAGCUCCUCCAUGCACAUCUCCCUACAGCGCUUGGGAGCAAGUAAUGGAGAUUCCAGUGACCCGCCACCCUGCUAUACUCCUCCGGGACCUGCGCCUGCUUACACAGAAGCAUCGAAUGAAGCAGAUGUUCCACGCCAACCUCCUCCGCCAUACAACAGCCCAGAUUUUCUCAACAAUUUGCAAACAUUUGUGACAGAGCCAAACUUGCCAAAGCGUCGGGUCUUCAGCAUUGGUUCUAAUGGACAUACUGUGUACCGCAGAAGCCAACCUGGUAUCAGUGUUGGCGGCAUUCGUAUUCGAAGCAACUCAACUGAUGGUUCUGACAUACAGCAUCUUCGGAUUUCACCAUAUGGCUGUUCUGGCUGGACUGUACAGCAGCAGGCCCCCAGUUGUAAUAGUGGAACACAGCGACUUGUGUUUCAGCUUCAGCAGAACCAAGAGCUGAACCAGGGCAGGCAGCAGUCAGACGCAUCCCAAGAGGAGUGCACCAAUGUUGGAUUUGCUCGAUCAAGCAGCAGCCAUCUGGCCCGCUACCCCAGAAUUCGACUGGAGGGAGGCUCAUCUCCGGUUUUGCUGGAAAACGAAUCAGACAACGAACCACUGAACGAGACAGCCAGUCAAAAGAGCCAACCUGUAGAGGAGAAUAUCAGAAAGGAAGCUAGAUCGAAUGGUUGUACUUUUAAAAUCACUGGCGAUCCCCCGCAAAGGCAGCCCCAUUUCAAGAUAUACUUUACCCCGGGUGGAGGUGAGGAUCCAGACGUGGUUUUUGGCAGCAAUUCCUCGGCAAAUAAUUCAGAGACCAGAGAUGAUUUCCUGGGACAAGUUGAUGUUCCUCUUAGUCAUUUGCCGACAGAGGAUCCCACAAUGGAGCGUCCCUACACGUUUAAAGACUUCCUGUUGCGCCCCAGAAGUCAUAAGUCCAGGGUGAAGGGUUACCUACGUCUGAAGAUGGCCUACCUACCCAAACAAGGAGGGCAGGAGGAGGAAGCUGGAGAGAUGAGGGAGGAGGCUGAGGGCUGGGAUGAGUCUGCAGACUCGGGCUCGCAGCGCCCCCAGCAGAUGCUACCGCCACUUCCUCCAGGCUGGGAAGAGAAGGUGGACAACCUGGGACGCACCUACUAUGUUAACCACAACAAUCGCUCUACACAAUGGAAACGGCCCUCCAACAUGGAUGUGAUUUCUGAGACAGAGAGUGACAAUCGUCAGCGUCAGAUCCAUCAGGAAGCACAUCGCGUUUUCCGUUCGAGACGCCACAUCAGCGAGGACCUGGAGAACGAGCACCUCGAACCACGAGAAAUUGACAAUUCUUGGGAGCUCAUCACAGAGGAAGACACUAAUGACAGCUUGGCUCAGUCCCUUCCGGGCCCGUCCUCCAUGCUCACGCCACAACCCCCGCCGACGCCCGUCUCCCAGGAGUUCUCUGAUGACUUGAAUCUGAGGCUGUCGCUCACCUCCGACACUAAUGGGGAAGUGGCGGGACCCAGCUCGGUUCUGACCCAGCUGUCCAACAGACUCCGCUCCUCCAGUAUGACAGAUGGCGUCAGCGAUCAAGCCCAGGCUCCUCCUCUUACGGCAUGUGGGUGUCUUGAUCUCCUUCACAUCUCCAAAAUUCAGAGAUCCCAUUCCAGAAGAACAAGAGCUCAAACAGUCUCAGGUGGUGAGGAUGCCAUGUCUCCCACAGCGACCCCUUUCAACUUGACCACCCCGGGCCUGCCCCCUGGAUGGGAGGAGAGGAAGGACGCCAAGGGGAGAACUUAUUACGUCAACCAUAACAACCGCACUACUACCUGGACUAGGCCAAUUGUGCAGGUACAGCAGCUGACUGAAGAUGGACCCAGCACCUCUGCAGCGGCAGUGGCAGCAUCAGGAGGAGCCUCAGCCCUGGCACCUACCCCUUCCUCCUCCUCCUCCUCUUCCAAUGUUUCCAACAACCACCUCCAUGAGCCCCAAGUCCGACGACCUCGUAGCCUCAGCUCCCCCACUGUCACCCUUUCUACCCCCUUGGAGGGCGCCAACAACAUCCAGGCGCGGCGGGCAGUCAAGGACACGUUCUCCAACCCGCAGUCCCCGCAACCGUCGCCCUACAGCUCGCCCAAGUCACAGCACAAGGCUCAGCAGAGCUUCCUGCCCCCUGGCUGGGAGAUGAGGAUAGCCCCUAACGGACGGCCUUUCUUCAUCGACCACAACAGUAGAACUACCACCUGGGAGGAUCCCAGGUUGAAGUACCCGGUCCAUAUGAGGAGUAAGAACUCCAUGGAACCUGGUGACCUUGGACCUCUUCCUAACCUACCAGAGGAGCCUGGAUGGGAGGAGAGAGUUCACACAGACGGACGCACCUUCUACAUUGACCACAAUACGAAGAACACGCAGUGGGAGGACCCUCGCCUUCAGAGUCCUGCUAUCACUGGACCCGCUGUUCCAUAUUCCAGAGAGUUCAAGCAAAAGUAUGACUACUUCAGGAAGAAACUGAAGAAACCGGCUGACAUUCCCAACCGUUUCGAGAUGAAGCUCCACCGGAACAACAUCUUCGAAGAGUCAUAUCGUCGAAUCAUGUCGCUGAAGAAGCCUGACGUCCUGAAAGCGCGCCUGUGGAUCGAGUUCGAGUCUGAAAAGGGCCUGGACUAUGGCGGUGUGGCGCGGGAGUGGUUCUUCCUCUUGUCCAAGGAGAUGUUCAACCCUUACUACGGCCUCUUUGAAUACUCUGCAACAGACAACUACACUCUUCAGAUCAACCCCAACUCCGGCUUAUGUAAUGAGGAUCACCUGUCCUAUUUCAAGUUCAUUGGACGUGUGGCAGGAAUGGCCGUGUUUCAUGGAAAACUGUUGGAUGGUUUCUUCAUCCGACCCUUCUACAAGAUGAUGCUGGGUAAACAGAUCUCACUAAAGGACAUGGAGUCUGUGGAUAGUGAAUACUACAACUCUCUCAAGUGGAUCCUGGAGAACGACCCCACCGAGCUCGACCUGCGGUUUUGCAUCGACGAGGACAACUUUGGACAGACGUACCAGGUUGACCUCAAGCCCAGUGGCUCAGAUAUGGUCGUCACCAAUGAGAACAAGAAGGAAUACAUUGAUCUUGUCAUUCAGUGGAGGUUUGUCAAUCGGGUGCAGAAGCAGAUGAACGCUUUUCUGGAGGGUUUCACUGAGCUCAUUCAGAUAGAUCUGAUCAAGAUCUUUGACGAAAAUGAACUGGAGUUGCUCAUGUGCGGUCUGGGCGACGUGGACGUCAAUGACUGGAGACAGCACACUGUUUACAAGAACGGCUACUGUCCCAACCAUCCGGUCAUUCAGUGGUUCUGGAAGGUUGUCCUGUUGAUGGAUGCCGAAAAGAGGAUCCGACUCCUUCAGUUCGUCACGGGGACGUCGCGGGUGCCGAUGAACGGCUUUGCUGAGCUCUACGGUUCUAAUGGUCCUCAGCUGUUCACUAUUGAGCAGUGGGGAACACCAGAUAAGCUGCCGCGAGCCCACACGUGUUUCAACCGCUUGGACCUUCCCACGUACGACUCGUUCGAGGACCUGAGGGAGAAGCUCCUCAUGGCCGUGGAGAACGCACAGGGAUUUGAAGGCGUCGACUAAACGGGCAGACUCCACAGGGUUCUCACCCAAUCUAACUAACCAAUAUAGGAUUUAACAAAAAAGAUAAGUAAGUGGGCAAAACAACAACAAGCUACAGGGACACCCAGACUAGCCGCCGUAGCAUGCAGCUAGCUGAUGCCUGACUGUUAGCCAUACCCGACUAAAAGUGCUGGGUAGGUGGUGUCAGGGGGUGGUGCACUUGCAGGGGGAAGGGAAGGGAGAUUAUUUAAUCCCCUGGCAUGAUCAUGAAUUAUCACCUUUCUUUCCCUGCCACCACUACUACAAAAUAAAGUGCUGGAACACACUACUGCAUUUCACACCACACUCGCACCCUCAGAAGUGGGAGGAGCUUACUUCGCAUGGCCUUAACAUGCACUCUUCACUCUACGCCACAAAUCUCUCGACCAAACACCGGAUUACCUUAGGGAUAGAACUAGCCAAUCACGUUUCAGGAAAUCUGCCACACCCCCUCUACAGAGCCUUGUGUGAUCAGACGACGCCACAGGAGCCUUUUUCUAGCCUUUUUUAAGCCUCUACUAAGCAUCCCGAAAAUGAUUUUUAUACAUUUCAGUUGUUGGCGAGUAUUUUUUUUUUUUUAAACGAGAUAAUUCUUGCAGGAAAAUACUCUUUGUACCGAACAAUGUUUACUAUUUUGACAAUUCUAUAUGAAAAAAAAUCACGUGUGAAGUGGAAAUCUGGCUCCAUAUCAUUUGUGAUGGAUAAAUCAAUACAAUGUUUUUUAUCAUCAUUAUUAUUAUUGUGGUAGUAGUGCGAUGAAAGCAGCAUGAAAACGUACUUUGUGUUCGCUUUGACUACACAGUGAUUUGGAUGUAGUGUCGCGCUGGGGGAGGUGGUAAAAAAAAACGAGGUGGGCGGGGCGGUGUAGUUUCUGUGAGAUGUGAUAUUAAUAUUCAUGCCCGUUGCUGUUCAUAAUGCUGUACAUUAUUUUUAAGUUCCUCAAUGAUCUAUAUAUAUAUAUAAAUAUAAAUAUAUGUAUGCAUUACAUUUAACAGAAGUAUUACUGAUCACUAAAAUGAAGUGUUUUGUGUGUGUGUGUGUGUGUGUGCGUGUGUGUAUGAGAGCGAGUCAAGCUGUGAUUGAACACUGAAUAUUAAGCAGCACGUUUUUUUUUUUAAGUUCUUUUUCUAACACAUUAAAACCUAAAAGGGCACUUUAUACCUUACCCAGGUCA